AUAAUAAUUAAGAAAAAAGAAAAAUUAUUUCAAAAUUUAAUGACCAUAAAAAUAUUUUACUGGUAAUGGAAAAUAUUGUGUACAAAACACAAUAAAAGAUGUAUAACGUAAUGAAAAUGUUAAGGAAAUAUUAGCAACAACAGGAAUGUUAAUGUUAAGGAAAAAUAUUAACAGUGAACUUGUGACAAUCAAAAUUUAUAAAAAUUUAAAAUUAUAAAUAACUUUCGAAUAAGAAUUAAAAAAAAAAAAAGGAAUUGAAAUAAAAUAAUAAAAACAGUGAAAAUUAAUUUUAAUUGCAAUUAAAUGAUUUAAACAGAGAAAAAUAUUUAAUAAACAAAAUAUUAAAAAGAAAAUUAAUUUGAAAAGAAAACAACAACAACAACAACAAGAAAAUAUUUAUACAAAAUAAAGGUAGUUUUGAGAGGUGUUUUUAAUAAAAAAUUCUGUUUUAUCUAAAUGUACAAGGAUAAAAGUUCCGUGAACGAAAGCUGUUCCUCAACAUCUUCAGAUAAUUCAACGAAAACGGUGCUUAUUACUUCUCCUAUACCUGGCACAAGUGCAUCAUCAUCAUCAUUUCAACAACAGACAACAAAAAAUACAAAUACAAUAGCGUCUGUAACAACGUUAACAACAUCUAUAACAACAUCAACAACAGCAGAAUUAACUGCAACAACAGCAAAUAAAUUAUUAAAUAAGAAUACAUCAUCAUCAAUAAUUGAUUCAAAUAAUUCAAUAAAUUUAUUAAGCUCAUCAUCAGAAAAUAUUAGUUUUAAUUUAAAUCAAAAUUGUCGAAGAUCAUCACAUCCAGUAUUUUCAUUUCAAUCUGAGGAUAUUAAUUUAAUUACCGAUAUAGGUUAUAUUGCAUCACAAUUACGUUAUUUAGAAAAAAAAUAUUCAUAUUUUAAUAAUAUACUGGGACCGUAUGAAUAUCAUAAAGAGCUUGAAAAGGCUGCCAUUAAUUUUCAAAAUAAUUAUAAUAAUAAGCAACAAAAUCAAUUAUCAAAUUAUUAUACAACAAUAACAAAUAAUGAAAAUGAUAAAAUUAUUGAAAGUAUAACGAAAUCAGAAAUAUCUGAUCAAAAUUUAUCAAAUAUACCAAUAUCAACAACAACAGCAUUACAACAACAUUGUCUUGAUGAAAAUACAGAAAAUAAAAUUGAAAAAAAUUCACUAGAAAUAGAAAGCCUCGGACCAAUUAGUAAUUUAAUUAAACAAGCAGAAUUAACACAACAACAACAACAACAACUUGACAAUACUCAACAGCAAUCUACUAAUUUAAUACCAGGUACAACAACAACAACAACAAUUUUAACGGAGGCAAAAAUAUUAGAUAAUAAAACUGGAACCCAAACAAAUAAGAUAAUCAAUCAAACAAAUUCUGAUGAAUAUUCAAAAAGGCAACGUAUUGAAUUAUUAGAAGAUUUAUUAAUAAAAUUUUAUAAAUGUCAAGAGGAAAGAAUUAAAAUACAAGAGCAUAUUGAUUAUCAAAAAGAAAUUGAUAGAAGAUUUCCAAAAAAAAUUUAUAUAAUGAGUUGUGGUAGUAUUGAAAAACUUUUAUCAUUAGACGAUCAAAAAAAUUUAAAUAAUAUUAAUUAUAAUAAUAAUCGUAAACAAUCAACAACUAGUCAAAAUAAUAGCAUUGUAUCAAAUAAUUCAAUAGCAACAACAACAACCGGUGAUAAUACACCCUCAUCAGCAUCACUAUCAAUAGCAUCAACAACAGUGGCAGCUGUAACAAGUACAAAAUAUUAUGCAGGCUCUAAAUUAUUUGGUAUUCCAGCUGCACCACCUCCUAUAUCAUCAACAUCAUUACAAACAUCAACAUCAUAUACAACAUCAGCCAGUAAUAAUUCAACAUCUGCCAUUAUAAAUAAUAGUAAUAAUAAAUUAAUAUCAUCAUCAGCAUCACAAUCAUCAUCAUCAUCAUCACAAAAUCAAACAAAUAAACAAUGUAGUAGAUCAAGUGGUUCAUUAAAUUGUUCAUCAAAUAAUGCUCAACAAGAAUCAUUAAAUACAACAAAUAAUAUACAGCAACAAACAACAGGAAAUGGAUCAACAACAUCAUCUUCAACUACAACAGUAUCAAAUCGAACAAUUGGUAUUAUAAAACAACAAUCUGCUAUAUCAAAUUCAUUAACAAAUACAAAUCGUCGUAGUAGUAGUAGUAUUGUUGAAAAUCGAACAAAUAGUAAUAUUAAUGAUUUUAAAACGGAAUUAUUAAGUAAUUCACGUAAAUAUAGUGUUGGUACAUUAUCAUCAGAUAUAUGCGGUAGUAAUUCAAGUAGUAUUAAUACUGAAAAUACAUCAUCACAAUCAUCAUUUAAAUCGGCAACAUCAAAUGCUUUUUUAAAAAAUGAUAAUAAUUUUUUAACAACAUCAACAACAAAAGGUUCAUCAACAAUAUUAUUAAGCCGAUCCAGUGGUAAUGUACAUUUUAAAGAUGAAGAUAAAUCAUCAAUUGAUAAUUUAUUAAAUAUUAAUGAUAAAAAAUCAACAACAAUAUUUAAAAGUACAAGUGAUAUUAUCAGUCAUUGUAGUGGCAGUGGUAGUGGUGGUGGUGUUGAUGGUGUUGGUGGUAGUAGUAGCCAUGAUAGCUGUGGUGACUGUGAUAAUGGUAGUUGUACAAAUAUCAGUGGUAUAAAUAUUGGUGGUAGCAUUAGUAAUAUAAAUAGUAAUAGUAGUGUAUGUUUAAUUGAAAGAAGAAAUUCAAAUAAUGAAAGAACUACAACAACAACAACUACUACAACAAUAGUUUGUAGUAGCGGUGGUAACGGUAACGGUGAUGAUAAUAAUAGUGAUUAUAAAAAUCAAAAUAAUAAUAAUUAUAGUAACAGUAAUAAUAAUAAUAACAAUAAUAAUAAUAAUAAUAGUAAUCAUCAUCAUCAAAAUAAUAGUGGUAAUAAUAGUAAUUUAAAUAAUUUAAAUAAUAAUUGUAAUAAAAAUAAUGAUGUUCGUAAAGAUAGCAGUGGUAGUAGUGGUAGUAAAGGAAGUGAAUUUAAUUUAAUACAAUUACAAAAUACUAUUAUACAGUGCCAGUUUAAUAAUGAUGAUUUAAGAACAGUUGUUGGAGAUUUAAAAAGAAAAAUUGAUUAUACGGAGAAAAUGAAUUGGUUAUGUAAGUUUUCAUCAAAUUCUUUAAAUAUUUUAUUGGAAAUAUAGGAGAAAUUAAAGUAAGUUUAUUUUAUGCAUUAAUUUGAGAUAAGUUCAACAUUCUUGACCUUAACUUCAAUUAAAUGAAGUAAAACCAA